CCCGCCCAAUUAUGGCGGCUGCGCCCAAAAAAGCUUCGUCAAACAUCCUCCACCGAAACCACCACCGUCAGUCGCCACCAUCAUUCAUUCAAUUCAACCAGUCCGACCGUGCUUUUCUCAUUUUCUCUCUCCACCGUCUCGCCGGCUGACUUCUUCUCCAAACUCCGGAACUCAAUUCUUCUCUACGCCGACGACACCCACCUGCCGAAGCCGAAGCAGCAUCGCUCUGUCACUCAAAAGGUUACCCUAUCCCUUCGGGAGGAAGAGAAGAAGUUAAAGAUGGUAAAAGCAUACACACAGGAGCAUGUCUACAAGCAUCCAUGGGAGAGGGUAACAUCAGCAUCAUGGCGAAAGUACUCCGACCCGGAGAACAAGCGAACAUUAAACCACGUCCUCGCUGUGGACACGCUGAACCAGAAGCUCGACUCUCAGACUGGGAAGCUCUACACUACUCGUGCACUGAUCAUCCACGCACCGGGGCCCUGGUUCAUACGCAAGAUCGUGGGGCAGGACAUCUGCAACUGCGUGGAGUCGACGGUCGUGGAUGGACGGAACAAGUCAAUGCAGCUCACGACUCGUAACAUUAGCCUCGAGAAAUUCAUCGAGGUGGAAGAGCGCAUAAGGUACGAGCCUCACCCGGAUAACCCCAGUGGGUGGACGGUUUGCAAGCAGCAGACGAGCAUUCGUAUCAAGCCAUUCUCUGCUCUGGCAUCAAUGGCCGAGAAGUUGGAGCAGAAGUGCGCGGAGAGGUUCAUGAAGAACAGCGUGAAGGGGAGGGAGGUUAUGGAGAGGAUCUGUAAGUAUCUUGAAUCUGAACCCGCCUCGGGAGUAUCAUUGUAAUGCCUUGAGUUAUUGAAGUCCUAGAAUCAGUUUGUAAAGAUGUUGGUGAUUAGAGGGUUUUGACUAGAGGGGAGUGACAGUGUGAUUUAACACAAUGCAAGCAAAACUAACAUAGAUUACUUUGGGCUGGGAACUGCAGGAAAUUGUUGUUCAUGUUCAGUUCAAUUACGAUGUAUUUUACUUUCUUCUCGAGAAUGAUAGAAUCGUAUCAGCUUGUUCAUCGGUAUGUGGUUGAACCAGCACGACGAAGUAACAGUUGAUUUGCUAGUUGAAACAAGAUCUGGCAGGUUCGUUUGGAGGCCCCUCAAACUCUGAAGCCUGCCUGCCAUUUAGGCAUUUACUAUUCACAAUGACCAAUCUACUUCACAAGUUGGUUGGCAUGAGCUGUCAUAUUGUACCGAGUUAACAGAGAGAUGCCCACCAUGAACAUGAUUGCGCCAUAGGCUAUGCUUCAUCCCUCAUUUCCUC